AUGUCUGAUCAUCAACAGAAGCAGCAACAACCACCCUCCAACAACACCAUUCGACCAUCCAUUCCAAUCUCUUCAAAUAAUGCCACUGGAAGCAAGAGAGGAGGUGUUUUAAAACAUUCUCCACCAACUCCCACAUCAACCUUUCAACAGCAUUUUCCAACCACACCAACCUCGGCUACACUUCGCAAGCCACCUCCAUCUCCAAUUCAGACACCGUCCUCUGGGAACAAUAACAACAUGUUUAAUUUUCAACCUUCAGGCAACACAUUUGUCAGUGGAGGUCAUGUGAUUGUUCCGAAUCGAGCAGCAACAAUAGCGAAUACAUCAUCGUCGGUCCAAAAUGCUGGAACUUCUUCUCGUUUUAGUUAUGCAUCCAUCGUUACCAAUAGUAGUAUUACUAGCAGCAAUAGUAGCAGCAAUAGUAUUACGAAUGGCCUUAACAAUAGCAACGUCACAGCACCCAAUAGCAGUAGCGGAGCCAUUUUGAGGGAGGACGAUCUUGAUGACUCAACCUCACUCUAUUCCAAGUUUUCUCAUAAUCUUAAUAGUAGCAUGCAUCAACAACCUUCCUCGUCGAAGGAAAGUACCGAGUUCACUCCUCCCAAACAAAAGAAUUCGUCAACAUUGGACAACAAAUUGGAAAUGUCACCACCACAACCCUCAUUGGCAUUACAGAUACACACCUCCUCAAACCCUCUUUCGACACCAACAGGAGAGAGAAAGAAAAAACUGAGGAAAAGCGGAUCAUCAUCUUCAACAAAUUUAUUGUCAAAUGCCACAAAUAUUGGGAACAACAUUCACAACAAUGCUACAACAAUUGAAAGUCCUUCAUUUAAUACUACAGAUUUACAGCUCAAAAAAAAGAGUUCUAUUACAGAUGUUGAUUCCAAUGAUGAAGAGGAAGACGAGUUCAUUUCGGUAGAGUCUCCAACAUUUGCUCUGGCUCCCUCCGUUGUUAAGAAGCACAAGAUGAAACAACAAAAAUUGGGUGGAGGCUCUCCACAUCAAAAUGAACAAAGCAAUUUGGAGAUUACGAACGAUUUAUUAACCUCUAUUGAACAAUCCAUGGAGGACCUUCUCGAUAGCGACAAUGUCGAAUAUAAUUUUCCUGGACAAAUUUAUGGAGGAGGUGUUGGAUCUGACGGAGAAAAUUCCACUCCUGUGACUACUCAUGUUCAACAACCAACAUAUAAUCUACCUCCAUUCAUGUUCUCCUCCACUAACAGCAAUAGCUCAAUGAGAUCGGGCCCUUUCCACUCGACCUUAGACCUUAACAUUCCAUACAUUUACACUACAAGCGAGGAAGAGAUUGAGAUUUCUACUAAUGGCUCAAUCUCUACAAACACAACAAGCACUUCAUUGGAGGAUUUUCAAAGCGGGUUUAUUGGCUCAAUCACUCCAACAACCAAUGUCAUUAUUCAGUCACCAAAUAACAAAAACGCAACUCCUUACACUAACAAUCAAGCAAGAAGCGAAUCCAAUCGUGGAGAGAAUCGUUCAACACCACCAACAUCUCCUGGGUCUCCUGUAGAGAAUAAGAAUUUGGCUGCUUUCAACAAGGAACGUACAGGAGUGCACGCAUCUCCAACAAGUAAAACCCUACCCAAGGUAAAAUCAAAGGCCGUUCUAGAGUAUGAAGACGAUGUCACAUCUGAUUCAUCUGAUUCCUCCACAGAUGAAGAGAUAUUUUCGCAAGAGAGAGCAAACACCAAUGGAGUCAACUUGAUUGACUAUUCUCAAUGCCCAACACUGCAAGAUAUGAAUCAGCUUUUUGAAAAAACGAUGGAGGAAUAUGAAUAUGAAAAGAAGUUGGGAUCUGAAGCACAACUUUUCAUUACAAAUGCUCCAAGCUUUCAAUCUCUGCUGUUUGCAUUGAAGAAAUUGAAAGAUCAAUCCCUGUUGCAUCACGAAAACUCCUCUAAGAUUAGAUCUAACAUUUUUCAAACAUUGAAGCGGAAAAUCAAGGAAUUGAACAACAAAUAUCAAAUGCAAAGCAUUGGAGUGAUCUCAAGUAUUAAUUCCAGGAAGGAAUUGGAUACAGUGUUUGACAUUUGUAACUUUUUACUCAAUGAGGAUAUCAUCUACAGCAUGAUUCAAUCUCCUAUUCUAUCAGAUAUUAAUUCCGAAAAAGAUUUGGAAAAUAUGGCAACUCUUUUAGAGAAUAUUCAAUCGAAAAUGAAUGUAUCCUUUAACAACUCAGUACAGGGUUACUUUAGAUUAUUUGACGGAACAAAGAAAUGGCUCAUACACGUUUUUACACACAACUUGCGAAUAGUAUUUGAUUUACAGUCUUCAGGAACUUUACCUUCGAACCAAGCAAGAAGAUCUUCAACAUCGCUCCUGUCUCUACUUCAGAGCCAGCAGAAUUCUAUAUCCCUAGAGAAAUUUAUGAAAUUUCUGGAUAGACUUGUGAGGUUAAAUUUUCUAAACGAGUAUUCUCAUGUACUUCUUGACGAGUUGAUGUUGACACCAUUUUUUGUUUCCUUGACAGCUUUCGACUUUAUAGAGCAUAUGGGAAAAUUCAGUGGGGCCCAAUUUUCUGACAAGUUGCGAUCCUAUAUCAUUGAAAAAUGUUGCCAGUUAAUUUCUCAAACAGCAACAAGCAAGGAUACCAGCCUUCUUUUUGAACUGAUUGAAUCUAAAAUUGAAGAUGAAACAGUACGCUUUGUAUAUCUCAGAACAUUACUAUUUGCAGCCAAUAUUCAGCACAAUUAUGAAAAUAUUGUCAAAAAUCCAUUGUGCUAUUAUUAUUUCAAAUUUGCCAAGAUCAGUCAAAAGAUUUCUGAUGAAAACUAUGCAAAAAUUGAGAAGGAAGUAUCAGAGUUGAUGGAUAUUUAUUUCAAGCUAGUUUUUCAGCUCUUAGACAAAACUUGUACCAUCUCUACUUUGAACAUGGUUCUAAAACAUGAGAGUCAAUUCACUAAGCUUGUUUAUGUUAUGGGAGAUGUUGGAUUUAACGAGGGUCAUCUAAAGCAACUUCGUCAAGAGCUGAUUUCAUUCAAAACAACUCUAGAUGCUGUUCAAAAUUUCCUGACCAUGUUUGCGGAUGAUCCUAACUUCUUUGAUACAAAUACUGUACUCGAUACUAUUAUCAAAAUUCGUAGAAAUAUGACGGAAAUGGUUCUCAAAAAAGUCCAAAAGCAAGUAUCGGAUUUAAUUCCAUUCAGCUUUGAGGAUUUGGCCUUCUUUUACGAGCUUCGAACAUCAGAGUUCUUUUUGGUAUUAUGGAGAGAUCUUUAUUCAAAGAACACAAACGAAAAAUAUAGUAUUGAUUCUAUCAAGACCAAGCUCAUACCUGCGGUCAGAAAAAGAUGGAGCGAGUAUUACAUUUCACUCGAUAACCUUUCCAUGAAGUUAAGCGAAUUUUAUAGCAUUCUAAGGAAAUGUAGAUAUGAUACCAAACUUGAUAACAUCUUUUCAGGUGCAAGCAGUCUUUAUGAAGACGAGUUGAUGAGAGUGAGAAUGACUUUCAGCGGAAAAGCUUCAGACAAAAAACCUUCUAAAGAGGAUCUUGAAUGGGUUUCAAAGAGGCACAACAUCAUUAGAAGCUUUGAAAGUAUUAAUUUAUACAGAUCAUAUUUGCCAGCACUGAUUGCACUUGUGGAGCAUUUUGAGCCAAACUUUUCUGUUGAUUUGAAAAAAGAUCCAGAUUACAUUCAACUCAAAAAGGAGGCAACCAUCUUGACUAGUCAGAGUUUGUGGGAAGAGCAAACUUUAUCCAUGUUUGAGAACCAAAGAACAAGCCUUGAUUCAUUAUCUUUCGCCAAAUUUUUUAAGAAUUUUUCCGAUAAUCAAAUGUCAUUUAUGAAAUUACUGAGUGACAACAGUGGGUUUUCCAUCAUUGAUUGGCUUGCUAGCUACAAAUCGAAUCUGGAGUUUGAUAACCUGUUAGAGGUGUGCAAGAGUUACACUGACUCUGUCAAAGUUCUUCAAUCAUUGAAAUCUUUGGUUGUAAUACGAGAUGCUCUUUCGGAGUUGCUAUACUCUGUAGAGUCUACUGCUAUUAAUUUCACUUGUUUUACACAUUUUCACAGUGUAUUGACUAAACUUCCGAUUGGAAGUGAUGAAUUGGUACAGCUGACAAACCUCAAAAAGAACUUCACUCUCCUUCUUGAAAUGUUUGAAGAAAGAACGCGAACUGGAGGAGUUCAAGCUCUUUAUGAUCUUGCUGCCAUAAUUGAAAGAGGUAUCUUUGAGUUCAGUCUUGCUUCUCAGAACGUAAUUAGUUGCAAAGUGAUACCUUCUUCAAGCAUGUCAUCCUCGUCACCAAGCAGAAGAAUGAGCAAUCAACAUCAAAUCAUCAGCAUGGAGGGACUAGUGGAGUUGAGAAACAAGUUGAUGUUGAGUGAAAUACCAGAUAAUAUUAACAGCUUAGACGACGUGCAUUCAAAGAUCAAACUAUUUGUGAGCUAUAUUACUUUAAUGCUUGAGCUAAGGUCAUCAUUGCUCGAGCUAUGUCGAUUUGCUCAUUUUGACUUUCAAGAUAAUUACUUUAAAACAGUUAAGGCUUCAGAAUGCACUUUCGAUUCCAUCCAAGAGUAUCAUUUGGAGGUUCUGAAAAAGAUGGAAGAAUGGAAAAAAAUUGUCGAUGAUUCCCGAAACAAAUACUAUUUCAUUAAUCUCUUUAGAUCGAAAGAGUCUCUACAUAUCUUUAAUUUGCUGACCAGAUACAAGGAAGAUACCAGACAUGAUAUAUUGCGAGAGUUAUUAGACAUUUUGCAAUUGGGUGACCAUAGCUUGACUAUUAAUGAAAUUGAAUCUUGUAUCAACGAAAUGCAAGACUUUACAUUCUCCAAAGAACUGAGUGUAGCCACAAAGAUGGAAAAAUUAUGCCUAUUUAUCGAAGCUUUAUUCCGUAAUAGAAAGGUACCAUAUCGUAGAGCUGAUUAUUCUAUUCCAUCAACAGUUGUAUCCAAGUACUCAGUCAGCAACUUGGGAGGUUUCUUUAGGAUUAUAAAGCUGAGCAAGGAAAAAGAGGUCAUGGAAGCCAUUUUGACCAUUUAUUCAACUCAAAACAGACUUCCUUUGAGUGAAGAGGUUUUACUUUGCAACUCUUAUGAGACAGAUAUUGAAGACAUUUAUCUCAUUCUAAAUAGAUGGUUCAAGUCUAGUGCAAAUGGAAAAAUCAACCAUAUAUUUUGUAUUGGCAAUAUCCACGAGUUACAAUUUUCUGUUCAGUCAAAGAUGCUAUUACGUAUUCAAGAGCAAUUAUCAAUCAUGGCUAAAGCAUCAAGUAAUCAUGCCAAGCUGGUACUACUUAGUGGAGCAGAUAGCAAUUCUAGACUCUUAGUAGAGUUUUCGCAAUAUGUAGAUGUGAAUUUCAAAAUUCUUCCUCACAAGUACAUUUCAGCGAUUCUCAACUCGUAUCAUGGUAAUCGUGUGAAAUAUGUGUACUCAAAUCGUACAGCCGCCGGAAAAACUCGCUACAUACUUAAAGAUAUUUACAUGAGCAAGAAAGGAUAUAAAAGAAUUACAAUACUUGAAGACUCAACCGUAAGAGAUACGGUAUUUACUCUUAAAAGAACAUUGAACAGUAUGGACAGAAAAGACGUUGCUUUUCACUUUUCUUUAUGCCCACUUAUUCCAAAGCACUUUAACUCGCUGUUCUUCGAAUUGUUUUAUUUGGGGAGAGUUAGAGAUCGUGAUACAGCGACUGUGUUCCAUUUAACACCUUCCACCCAAUUCUACAUUGAAAUGCCAAACAGUCUUUGUGUACCUAUUUUGAACGAAUUUGUCUAUUUUUGUGCCUAUUUGCCUUCACUGGAAAUUACUACAGACGAAAAUAGCUUUGAUUUAACAAUCUAUGAGCUAACUAAUAGCAUCGAGGACGCUGUAGAAAUUAUUACUAGAAACAACUCGAAGAAGGUACAAUUUGUCUGCAAGUUUUUAAAAGCAUUUGAGGAAAACGUUUUCAAAAAUGCUGCUCCUCAUAUUGCUGAUUUUUCUCCUGAUAAGCAAUCUGACCUUGAUACCAGAAAAUGCUUCAAACUUCUUUGCAAAUAUACCGGAUUCAGUUUGGAGAAUGCUUCCUUCUCUGUGAUCAAUCAUUUUGUAGAACUACUUUAUGGGCAAUUCCAAUCCACUCUUAGAUAUGCAUGCUUUAAAAAUUGUGUCAUGGAAGGAACCAUGCAACUUUUUAAGCAUGCAAUGAUCGACUUGAUGAUUAGAUCUGCAAGAGAUUUGACAGGUAUUGCAGUUGAAAAAGAUGCAAUUUUGUCCAUGGCUAAGAAAUAUGAAGGUAAACCGUAUACCGAGGUUCUUCUAUUACAAUAUAUUGAAAUGUUUGAAAACAGAAUAGGUCGUUUGGAAGAACAGUCUGCUCAGCACCCGCUGGUUGCAUUCUAUCGGACCGAAUUGGAUGAGAUUACAGGUAUUGACCUUAUUGGAAUGGACACCGACAAGUUGGAUCUAAACGAAGAAUUGAAAUACUCUCUGAUGUGCAAUGGAAUUAAUUUGGAUGCUCCUCGAGCACUUUCGCAUGAAAGAGCUCAAGAAAUUAUUAGAAAUGUAGCAGGACUAGGUAAAGAGGAUAAAAACGAGAAAAUUAGAAACAAUUACGUAUUAACAGUUGACAAUUUGAGCAAAGUGCUCAUUAUUUACAACAAGCUCAAGUACAAUCUACCAGCAAUUUUGUACGGUGAUAACGGAGUAGGAAAAUCAGAGUUAACUAAAUAUUUAAGCACCGUGCUAGGAAUUAAGUUGAAACGAUUCGUUGUUAAUGAAGGCCACAGUAGCUCAGACAUUUUGAACUGGAUCAGUCCUCUCAUAAGAGAGGCCAAUCAUAACCCUUCCAGGGAUGUUAUAGCAUUCUUUGAUAGGGUGAAUACGGCAAACAUGAUGGGAUUAUUUAAAGAGAUAAUAUGUGACAAAAUUAUCAAUAACCAAGUACUUCCCAAGAAUCUGAAAAUUGUUGCCUCUUGUAAUCCAUACCGUCUGAGAAGAUAUUCUGGAACAGACAUAGAACAACCUUCUUCUCAAAGGCUUGAUAUCCUGAAAGAGAAUUUACGAAAUCUUCAAAGGACAACCACACUUGACGUUCAAGCUUUUGCUCAAUGCCUUGUUUACAAGGUUUAUCCUCUUCCAGUUUCUUUGUUGGAUUCCGUGUUUAGCUUUGGAUCGCUUAAAAGUGACAUUGAACAGCUAUACAUACGUGCAAUAUUACUUAUGGAAAUUAAUCAGGAGGAUAAUACUAGAUCCGAAAGAUUCUUUGAUUGCUUUACCGAGCUAAUUUUCAUAUCCCAAAACUUUAUUAGAAAAGUAUACAUGGAACGCAGCGCUGUAAACCUGAGGGAUGUGAAAAGAUGUAUCAAUUUGUUCAAGAGCUUUUAUCAGUCGCUUGCAAAACGAAACUCUUUAGAUCCAGAAUUUUAUUUGGAGGAUUCAAACUUCAUCAUUAAGAACUCAAUACUACUUGCUCUUGGUAGCUGUUACUAUUAUAGACUUACUGCUCGUAGAGAAGACUUUGUGACUGAGAUUGAGAACUAUCUUUCUUCAAACAAAUACUUUUUAUAUCAAAAAGGUGAUUUUAUCAAUACACUCAACGAGGAGCAGAGAUUUUAUACCAUGCAUUUAAAUAUUCCAAAAGGUGUGGCACUUAAUCAGGCUUUAAGAGAAAAUAUUUUCAUGACACUUGUUUGUGUCUUGAAUAGAAUUCCAAUUUUUAUCAACGGAAAAAGUGGAAGCUCCAAAUCAUUGUCGUUAGAAAUUCUAUCUUCAAACUUGAAUGGAAGUGCGAGCGUGAACGCAUUUUUGAAAUCUCUGCCCUCUCUUGAAAUAUUCACAUAUCAGUGCUCGCAACUGUCAACACCUGAAGACGUGAAGAGUUGCUUUGAAUCUGCGAGAAGAUAUCAGAAAAAUUCUCCCAAUUCCAUUGCAGUGGUUCUCUUAAACGAAGUUGGACUCUUAGAGCAUUCUCCGUCUCAUCCAUUGAAGGUGGUUAAUAAGGAGCUCGAUGAGGAGAGUUCAAAUUAUACACCCUCUGUCAUUGGUCUUUCGAAUUGGACUCUUGAUCCCAAUCUCAUUAACAGGGCUGUUUAUUUGUCACGACCAGCUCCCUCGACUUUUGAGUUGAAGACAACACUUUCUGGCAUUGUCAAUUCGGUACACUUGGAUAGUAGUCUGUUUUCGUUAGCCAAGGCUUUCCAUGACGUAUACAACAGCCAACAAAGAAAAGAUUUCUUUGGAUUGCGAGACUUUUACCACUGUGUGAAAUUUAUCAACAGAAAUUUUGAUUUAGGAGCUCUGACACCAGAGCUUUUAACUGAUGCUUUGACCCGUAAUUUUGGUGGCUCUAGCAAUGAAGAGUUUCAUACCAUUCUCAAUAUUUUCUUUUCAUGUGUAGGAAUGAACAUCGUUCCGAAUAGAAAGUUAAAAUUAGAGUACAUUUCAGACAAUUUGACCGAUACAAAAGCUCGACAUCUCAUGCUUCUUACUAAGAACAAUGCUGCUCUUUCCAUUUUAUUUUCUGAUUUUGGACAAAUAAUGCCAUACUCUAACUCUGAGGUCAUAUUCGGCUCAUCAAACUUCCAAAAUUCCGCUAAAGAGCUUCAAAUAUGUAUGGAUAUACAAAGAAUUAAGCAGUGUAUGGCUAUUGGAAAAAUAGUUGUACUCGUAAAUUGUGAACAGCUCUAUGAGAGCUUGUACGAUUUAUUUAACUUGCAGUACAUUGAAUAUGACGAGAAUCGAGUUGUUGCAAUCUCCUUGGGGACCUACAGCAGAAUUUGUUCAGUUCACAAAAACUUUAGAGUCAUUGUGAUUGUAGAUCAAGAUGAUGCAUAUACACGAUUACCAAAACCACUGCUCAAUCGAUUUGAAAAACAGACACUUCACAGAGAAGAUUUAUUCGACAAGCACUCCUCGGCCAAUUUGCGAGCAGUGUUAUCAAAGCUCCAGAGUUGGGUGAAAUCAAUAUUUGACGAAGAUGAAAGACCAUUUGUUAACACUCACAAAUGUUUGCUUCAUUCUUUGGUAUUGUCAUUGGACUCAAAACAAAUGGAAGAUAGUACACUGCACGACUUUCUCUUGAACCAAUGCAAGAAUUUAUUACUAUGGAUUACCACUACAGAUGCUAUAGUUAGAAUGGCUUCAAAGAAUUUAAGAAAUAAGGAAUAUGCUAAAAUGUAUUUCGAGCAGCAAGAGCACAGAGAUCUUUGUAAAUUUUCUCAGUACUUGUUUGAUGCCAUAGAGUCACAACAAAAAAGUGGCUUGUUGAACCCACUGAUUUUUACAGGAUACUUCCAAGUCUGUGUGCUGACUUAUUCGUCAGUCUCUGUUAACUGCAGCUCUCUACUCAGCGCUGAUAGAGCCGAAUACGUGGAAACGUUGUUUUUGAGCGACUUAAAAUCAGAUAUUGAAUUGUCAGAAAAGCUAAAGCAAUACUUUGAAAUGCCAGUUUCAACACAAAAUUCUCAGCAUGUCUUAAUAAUUCAAUGUGAGCUUGUGAAUUUCGACUUGUUGAAUCAAACCAAGUUUAUGAUUCAAAAACAAAGAAAAUGCUCUGGUAUACUCAAUACUCAGGGAAAGAACGUACUUUUAGUUGUUAAUGUCAUUCCAGGAAAGUCUAACACGACUCAGUAUUUAAUUGAAUUCGAUACCCCAUGGAAAUAUGCUUUUAUUGACGAAAUUAGGCCAAUGCAACAUUCCAUUUAUGACAUUUUGAAUAGGCCAUUCCCUGAACAGAUACAACUAGCAAAUGUUCGACAAAUCAUUAGCAACAAUUUCAGAACAGCAUUGGCCAUGUUAAGAAAAACAAAUACCAAGAUUAAUGAUAUCACAGUUCUAAUUUCGAGAACUAAAGAACUUCUCGACAAUGAAGAUUGUUGGAAAGUGAUUCAACCUAAAAUCAUGGAGAUUUGUUUUGAUUACUUUUCUCAGAAUCAAACUAAUUAUUAUUCGACCUUUGUUGCACAGCACAUGCAUGAAUAUUUUUUAGUAGCGAAUACGUAUUACUCGGCCAUCCAAUACUGCAUUGAGAGAAUAUUAAUCAAGUCAUUCACAUACCUUCUCGCAGAAUUAGAGAGGAAUAACAAUCUGGAUUUAUACUUUGAAUUUAAGAAGGCAAAUAGAACAGAUGGAACAGCACUUUGGCUUCGACUUUUGAGCGAUAUGAAACGUCCAUCCAUUACAAACAUGUUUACUAAAUAUGAUCAAGCAAACUCCUCCGCAGAAUUGCUUCGUUGGAAACCCAUAGAGGUAAGAAAUGACGGAAAUAAUAACAGAAUGUUCAAAUGUCGAUUCCCUUUUUCAUUUGAAGUCUGUAGACACUUGCACAGCCUGAGAAGCAUUUGUGAGAGCUCACGUUUUGGUGUUACAACAGCACUCCAAAAUCAUAUCAACAUGCUGUAUCCAUUCUUGAAUAAUUUGUCAAAAGAGUUUUCAGAAUUCUUUAUCUAUGAUUAUAUGUGCAUGUUCGGAGAGCAAUGCACAGUUCUCACAAAUGAAGUACAGUAUGAAAUUCUCAAGAAAAUGCUAGAAACAGAGCAUAGCGAAUCCAGCGAUACAACUAGUCAUAUUGCUAACGCGCUUUCAUUCUAUUGGAAGCAAGAGAGAAGAUUACAAGCUUAUUAUGUACUCUUUGAGACAUUCCCCAAGUCUGUACUUCAAAAGAAAUUCUUACAAAAGCUACUUGUACCAUCGUUGAGAGUGACAUCAGUUGAGGAAAUUGAUAUUCUACUAUUCAGCGUGAUUUAUCAUAAUUUGGAUCCAAGAAAAGUGGAGAUUUCAUACGAUCCUGUUAUCACAAAACAACGAAGAAUGAUUUGGGUGAAAACUUUGACAGACAUCAAAGGUCCUGUUGAGGUCUUGACGAGUUUGAUGCGCCUCACAAAUUCUGGCUCUUCCAUGCUUAAUAAUAUUGGUUUUAUUCAUGAGAAAUGGAGAAAACUACAAUUCUACAAGGAGUAUCUUCAAGAGAUUGCUAUUCCUUUAGGAAUUGUUAAAGAUAUAUCCAUGAUUUUAUGGCAAAAUAUGAAAACAAAGCCUCUCUCUUCGAUGAACAGCUUGGAAUUAAUUCUAUACUUUUUAGACUUGGUUAACAAAAUUGGAGAUAAUCAAAAAUCCACGACUGUUGACGCUAGAAAAGCCAAUCUUUCGAGAUUUUUUGAAAUGUUUACCUCCAAGUUUCUUAUCCGACCAAUUGGAAAAGAUGAUGAAAUUGACAAAUCAUUUUACUCGGUCUUGGUUAGCAUUGUGAAAGGAGAUAAUGAAAAGUUUAAACAGAUUAUGAAAUAUCCAACCCAAAAUCUAAAGGUUAGCAUCUUGAAGAAGCUCCUUCUCAACAAACAAACAAAAGUGCUUGUGAAUUCUGAGUUGAGAGAAAUCAUCAAACAGGAGCUGGGAAUAUCUACAACUGCAUCGAUCAAUAGCUCAGCAUCGCUCGAUCAGAGCACAUUUUACAGCUAUUUGUGCAUUUACGAAUCGGUUCUUCAAAGUAUUUCUGAGGAGCAAAUUGCCAAGCUAAUUUCCUCCAUUUCAGAUUCGUUCAUUGAUGUUCAUACUUGGAAAGAUAUCAUUAAGGAGGUACAAUUACUGGCAGUGAUUAGAAUAUCAUUAUCUUCGUUUGCAGACAGGUUAAUUGCAGCAUCUGAAAAAGGAGAAUCCAUACGAGCAAUCAUUGGAUCUAACACCAUCUAUCAGCAGUUAUUGACCCUUCUCGAUAAAUCAAGUUUCAACUUCUUGAGAUUGGUACUAUUGAGAUUGGUCGUAGAAAGAAAAGGAAGAGUCUUUUUACUGAAAACUUUCCGUUCCAAAGUUGCCGAGCAUAUUCCAUGGAUUUCUUCAGUGCUUCAUGGGUUCAAAUACACUGACAGCAUCCCACAAAACGUCUUGAUACAUGUAUUGAAUGGACUUGAAGAGAUUGGAGCAUGUGUGGACAUGAUUAUGAGUUUACGACAACAGCAAGGAGACAACACCUCCAAGACAGAGUCCAUUAUCAAACUCAAAUCCUCACUCGAAUCCAUCAUUCACACAGGACAACAAAUUGAUAUUCAUUCUCUUAAAAAACUAUGCUACUUGGCUGUUAUUGACAAGUGUUACUUGUCGUUCUGUGCUGAAACAUCCAUUAAGGAAAGUAGAAUUGUCAUGUCUGAGGAAGAGUUGGCAAGUAGAAAUACCAUCGACAUCACCAAGCUCAAAAAUUAUCUCCUCAAGCAUGUCUUGAAGGAUGAAAAAGAAGUAUUGAUGGCUAUCAAAUUUGCUACCAAUGCAUUUGAUGACAGUAAUUUCUUCUACCUCAAUGAGAAUACCACUCUGGAGAAUUUGACCUUGGUUCACAUUGUACAUCAUGUUUGUUCCAUUGCUCUUUCAAAUUUCUCUUCCGAUCAAUUCUGGUGGAUGCUUUUAUUUGAACCCUUAUCUAUGAAAGAUAAAUAUUUACCAAGCGUAACCGAUGAUGCCAGAAGUCAAGUCAUUAACACAAUCAAUAACAGUGGCGGCAUUAUAAAUUGGUACCGCUGUGCAAAGGGCCACGUUUACUUUAUUGAUUUGUGUGGACUUCCUUUGGAACAGGCUCAAUGCCCAGAAUGUGGGCUUCCAAUUGGAGGCUCUGACCAUGUUCCUCACUAUUCAAACGAUAAGAUCAAACAUGAAGAGGAUCUAGCACCAACAGGCUAUGCUGUUUAUGAAUACUUUAAAGAACGAGAUUUAAAAGCUACUGUUCGUUCCUUGUCACCAAUAGCUUUUCGAGUUGUCAGACUUGUUAUACAUUCAUUGCUUAUUACUGGAUCUUCUCUAUUUCCAGAAAGAGAAGAUGAGUACAAGGCUCUCUUCCACAAGUCAAUGGACGUAUCAUCCAUUACCAAUCUUCAUGAAUAUCUAUUGUCACACAUAAGAAACGAUUGGAGUAUUAUUAUUGAACUGUUGGGAGAAAAUAAUGAAGAGAAGGCAAGCGUAUUAUUGUUUAAUAUUUUGGAACUAUUUAGCUACUCAUCAAAACAAAUGGAACUUAAGAGAAAAUCGAACACAAAACAACAACCAGGAAUUGUUUCACGAGACUUGUCCACCAAGACUGGAAGAAAUGCUUGGGAAAAUCACUUCAAUGGCUGCGUUUCAAUGGUGAUGGAAAAUGCUACAAAGAAGUAUCAAUUAUAUUUCAAACAAUUGGACAAUUUCCAAAAGAGAAGUCAUGAUCCAGUCACCAAUGUAUUGCUAUUCUCGCCAGAAUCGACCUCACAGCCAAUAUUACCCCUCAUGGAUCCUAUCAGCCAGUUGUGGAAUAUCAAGGUACCAAUUACCUAUGAACAAUUCAAACUCGCCUUUAUCAAUGACAGAGUAGAGCAGAAAUAUCCAAUAUUGAACCUCUUUAUUCAGAAUGAACCAAUGCUCUAUGCCACAAGAUACAUUCCACAUGUGAUCAAAUGGCAAAAAUUGAUCAUGUCUACCUUUUCCCGAAGAAUUGAUAGGCACUAUGCAAGAACUAGAACUGUUCGAGACGUGUUAUCAGAAUUUAAUUCUGCCAUGGCAUUGUCUCCUGUCAUUUUACAAAUGGGUUCAGACAAGAAGGCAUCGAUCGAAAAAUUAUUUGAAGGAUGGGCCAAAGCAUUUAACCAUAGUUGGAAAUUUAUUGAUCGAUACAAGUGCUUGCCUCUUCCUAAUUGGUGUAGAAAUAUUGUCAUGACCAAAGAUACUCCACUCUCGUUUUCUAUUCCAGACGAGUCGGGGCAAGAUGAAGGCAUUUGUUCACUUGCUGUGACGCAAUUCUUAAUUGACAAACAUAAUGAGGUGAUUGAAAAGGUAGGAAAAUUCUUCAAUAAGAAUGUAGAAAACACUCCAAUUGAAAUUUCAAGCCGAUUUGUUUCCAAACAUCACCUUAUUGUAUUUAAUAUCGAAGAAGAGCUUGUAUCAGUUAUUGCAGAAUCGAAAUUGAGCGAACCAAUAUUACUCAAUAUUACUAGUAGUGACAAUUCCAACAAACAAAAUUCCAGACACAAGUUUGACUAUGAAAGAAUUGAACAAUUUAUUUUGACCAAAUACUUGUCAGGCAAGCCAAAGAUCAAGUUAGAAUUGGAAGGCUUCUUAUUCUUGAACGAAACACGAUACUCGAGCGGAUUUGGAGAUCAAAUUGGAGGACCAGUGAGCGAACUCAAACGAAAAAUCAAGCAAUUAGAAAUUCCAACAGAUAUCAAACAAGCGAUCAUUCUCGAGAUGAGAGCAAAUGAAACUAGUUUAGAUUUAAUUCAAGCCUGUUUAAGACAAGUGGAGGAAUGUAUUUCAUUCUUGCAAGCUAUUUCAAGUUCUAAUAAUUUGGAAGGAGUGGAAAAGAUGUCCAUCAGCGAUUAUUUACAUAACAUUUUGCUUGUAGAUCCAUCUACCACAUCCAAUCAACCAUUAUGCAACAUUUCGAAUAUUAUGAUUCAUGUCAAAUUGUGCCAUCUGUUAUCAUUAUGGCAAUUGUUGGAGAAUGAGCUUUCACCAGGAACCGCCAUUGAAUCUUCUAUCAUUUCAAGCAAGUACAAGCGUGUCAUUCCAUCACCUGUUCUCACUCACUUGAAAGAAUUCAAAGAAAAGCUCUCACUUUCUGAUCUUUCAACGUUGACAUGUUCCAUUAAGGAAUUGUUACUCUCCUAUUUCACAAACGAAACAUUGGAUUCGGAGAUUCCUCUCAAGCAAAUGCUGGAAAUUACUCCUGCUAUAGAGAGCAUGCCACAAAUUUCCAAACAAACCAAACAAACGGACAGCGCUGACAAUAAUGGAGGAAAAAAACUUGGUGAUUUCAAGUGGCUGCAAUUGUUGUCUGAUGAAUUGAAAACAGCACACCUGUUUGAAGUGUAUUGUCAACUCACAACUAGCUCUCAAUAA